CAGUUUGAUUUAAGUUUUGUUUUAUUUUAUUCCUGAGCUAACAAGCUCAGUAAUAAAUGCGUGUAAAAAGUACAAAAAUUAAAUAUAUAGCUCAAAUGAUUUACAAAACAUAAAGCGUAAUACAGCUUCAAUUUUUUAUUAGUGAUUGGCAUGUCUCUUUUGGCUUAGUUGCUCAGAGUCUGGCCCACAGCUUAAAAACUGGUUUUUGUUGACUUCGUUCGUGCGUACCAACACACCUCCAUCCACAUUCAUUCAGCGAAAUACACACAUACGAGCCCAAAUAUAUUACGUCUGUACACAUGUAAACAAAUUAACUGUAAACAACUGAAUUUCAAGCCCGCGCAAUAUCCUGCCAACAAAACUGUUCGAAUUGUUUUCGAUUUAAAACUUUUACUUGAUUUAAAAAACCGGAUAUCUAAAGGAAACAAAAUGCCGGACUGUUGCCAAUCAUGUAUGGCACGCAUACCCUAUGCAACGCUAAUAGCGACGCUUAUGUGUCUGCUGGGCGUUGGCAUCUUCUGUGGCACAAUGUACCGUGGAGCCUCACUAACAGUUAUUAUGAUGGAUCAAGUUUUUCACCUCCGACUAAUAUGGAUCGAGGCUGUGCAGAUGAUAUUUGUCAUAAUUGCUGCUGGCAUGGCUGCUCUCGGCUUUAUGAUAUUGUUUGUGGGCUUUCUAGCAACGGGUGCGACACGCUAUAAGGUUUACCGCGCGUGGCGAUCACGCGUCGGCGGUCGCAUCUCCUGUGCAGUGCUCAUGGGCAUUACGUAUCUGCUUAACUUCGUGUGGACGCUCAUUUUAUGCUUCUUGGUUAUUGUGACGUUCAUUUACACCAUGUUCUGGAAUAUGUGUGCGAGUGUUGAGCAUUCGCUGAGCUGCAUUGAUUUGACACAAUUUCAUUUCAUGUUUCCGCCAAAUACGAAGCUCGAGGACAUGAAGGUAUGCGAGAAGUAUGAGAUCAAAGCAUUUUGCAAGGAUGGUGUCGAGAACGCUGAGGUCAUGUUUAUUUUGGCCACGCUGUCUACGCUUUUGGUUAUUCUCAGUCUGGUGCACUAUUUGAUGUGCCUUUCGGCCAAUUAUGCGCACAUUCGUGACCAUGAAAAGUUCCAGGAACUGCAGGAGAUACAAAAUCUCAACGAACUGGAGUAUAGCGCAACAUCGAAGGAUCGCUUCUAGGAUUUAUUUAAAACUAUUCGAUUCGAGCUUCAUCAAAGAGGCACAAAGACACAGAAAUGCAACGAAAUUCAUCUAUAGCUUUAGAAGUUUUGUUUUUAUUCGAAAAUUGAUUAUUCUGUUUCGUUCUAUAAGAUAUUAUUGGUUAAUUUAUUGUUCUAUAUAUUCUUAUAUACAUUUAGGCCUAUAACGCCCAUCAAAGACACAAAUUUACAUAAUUUA